AUGCCGUGGUCAGUAGCUUUACCGCAGACAUUGUUCACCUCGCCCGUUCUCUCGGUGCUCACCCCCAUCACCGCUGGAAGCUUGAUCGGCUACCUGGUCAACACUAGACAAGGGACGAAACAAACCUACAGGUCCCUUCGCAAGCCGCCCUUCUACCCGCCUCCGUGGCUGUUCGCCCCGGUGUGGACGAUUCUCUAUGGAAUGAUGGGAUACGCCGCGCACCACGCAACGACCACGGGGUUCUCGGUUUCCUCGUCUCUCGCCACUCGGGAGCUGACCGCCUCGUCUCAGACGCUGUAUGUCUCGCAGCUGGUGCUGAAUUACCUGUGGAUGCCGCUGUUCUUCGGCAUGCGCAAACCCCGAUGGGCCCUGGCGGAUAUCCUCCUGCUGGGCGUCAAUGUGGGCACUUUGAUGGGAAAGUGGUGGCAGACGGACCGCACGGCGUUUUGGUUGCUGGCCCCGUAUGCGGCGUGGCUGGGCUAUGCCACCUAUCUCAAUGCAGCUAUUGGGGUCGUGAACAAUUGGACUAUCCGCAGCGACAAGAACGAAUGA